CAACCAUGGGGUGCAUUAAAAGCAAAGAAGAUAAAGGUCCAGCCAUGAAAUACAGAACUGAUAAUACUCCAGAACCUCCUAUUUCUCAUGUGAGCCAUUAUGGAUCAGAUUCCAGCCAAGCAACACAGUCACCGUCAAUAAAGGGAUCAGCAGUUAAUUUUAAUAGUCAUUCCAUGACUCCUUUUGGAGGGCCUUCAGGAAUGACACCCUUUGGAGGAGCAUCAUCUUCGUUUUCAGCUGUGCCAAGUCCAUAUCCUAGUACUUUAACAGGUGGCGUUACUGUAUUUGUGGCCUUAUAUGAUUAUGAAGCUAGAACUACAGAUGACCUUUCAUUUAAAAAAGGUGAACGGUUCCAGAUAAUAAAUAACACGGAAGGAGACUGGUGGGAAGCACGAUCCAUUGCUACAGGAAAAACAGGCUACAUCCCAAGCAAUUAUGUAGCUCCUGCGGACUCCAUUCAAGCAGAAGAGUGGUAUUUUGGUAAGAUGGGCAGGAAGGAUGCAGAAAGGCUCCUUCUAAAUCCUGGGAACCAGCGUGGCAUUUUCUUAGUAAGAGAGAGUGAAACCACUAAAGGUGCUUACUCCCUUUCCAUACGUGACUGGGAUGAGGUCAGAGGUGAUAAUGUGAAACACUACAAAAUCAGAAAACUUGACAAUGGUGGAUACUAUAUCACAACCAGAGCACAAUUUGAAUCUCUACAGAAGUUGGUGAAACACUACAGAGAACAUGCCGACGGACUGUGUCAUAAGCUAACAACUGUGUGUCCCACUGUGAAACCACAAACACAGGGACUGGCAAAAGAUGCCUGGGAAAUUCCUAGAGAAUCUCUGAGGCUGGAAGUUAAGUUGGGCCAAGGAUGUUUUGGUGAAGUUUGGAUGGGAACAUGGAAUGGAACCACAAAAGUAGCGAUCAAGACACUAAAACCUGGUACAAUGAUGCCAGAAGCAUUCUUGCAGGAGGCUCAGAUCAUGAAGAAAUUACGCCACGACAAGCUUGUCCCGCUGUACGCGGUUGUUUCUGAGGAGCCCAUCUACAUCGUCACUGAAUUCAUGACAAAAGGCAGCUUGCUAGAUUUCCUUAAAGAAGGAGAAGGGAAAUACCUAAAACUCCCACAGCUGGUGGACAUGGCUGCUCAGAUUGCUGAUGGCAUGGCUUACAUUGAAAGAAUGAACUACAUCCACAGGGAUCUCCGGGCAGCUAACAUUCUUGUAGGAGACAAUCUUGUGUGCAAAAUAGCAGACUUUGGUUUAGCAAGGUUAAUAGAGGACAAUGAGUACACUGCAAGACAAGGGGCUAAGUUUCCAAUUAAAUGGACUGCUCCAGAAGCAGCGUUGUAUGGUCGGUUUACAAUCAAGUCGGAUGUGUGGUCAUUUGGAAUUUUACUGACAGAGCUGGUAACAAAGGGGAGAGUGCCAUAUCCAGGGAUGGUGAAUCGGGAAGUUCUGGAGCAAGUGGAGCGUGGAUAUAGGAUGCCUUGCCCACAAGGCUGCCCAGAGUCUCUCCAUGAGUUAAUGAAACUGUGUUGGAAGAAGGACCCUGACGAGAGACCAACAUUUGAAUAUAUACAGUCUUUCUUGGAGGACUACUUUACAGCUACAGAACCACAGUACCAGCCUGGAGACAAUUUAUAAGCCAACAGUCUAUAUAACAUGCACAAAUCUGCCAAAUGUAAAAGACUUGCAAAGAAUUCCUGAUGUCCAUAAGGAAUCAAAGGAAAGAAAAUCUUC